GUAAAAAUCGUCUAUUGCAGCUUGAUGAGUUGGAAGAGUUAAGACUUACAGCAUAUGAAAAUGCUAAUUUGUACAAGGAAAAGACAAAAAAGUGGCAUGACAAGCUCAUCCGCCAUAAAGAUUUUAAAGUAGGAGAUCAUGUUCUGCUAUACAAUAGCCUAUUGAGAUUAUUCCCAGGAAAGUUUAAGUCACGCUGGACAGGACCGUACAUAGUAACAGGAGUGACCCCCUAUGGUGCCAUUGAAGUACAACAUGCAUAUGGGGGAGACAAAUUCAAAGUAAACGGUCAUCGUUUGAAGCCUUAUAUCAGCAAAUUCUUCGACAAACAGGCUUCAACAAUCCUUUUUGCCUAA